AGUGGUUUGAAGUUCUGUCAGUGUCGGAAAGAGAGUGUUGUGAUGUGGUGGUCGUUACUCGUGCUCCGGAGAUUUACACUAGAAUGACAUUUUCCUGGAUAUACAUGAGUGGUCGGUGAAGCAGAGAGCAGAGAAGUGCACCCACGCUGGCCAGAAUGGGAGUGUUGUGGCGGCUAGCGGGGCUCCUGGCGGCGGUGGCGGUGGCGUGCUGCACGGCCGAACUGUGUGACGUCACCGUGAACCAAGCCAUCAUCAUCCUGGACAUCACGGAGAGUCUUGGCGAUCAGGUCAACCAGCUGAUGACGCCUCCUGACCUGCCGCUUGAGGGUGACCCGCUGACGGAGGUGGAGCUGACGCUGGACGAUGCGGGCAGGAAGCACUUCGCCCUCAACGGAAGCCGCCUGCAGCUGGUGGAGCCCCUGGACAGUGACCUCGGCCCGUCCACUAUUCGUUUUCAGGUGUCAUGCAAGGCGCGCACAGGUGGACAGGUGAGCUCCGUACCUGUGAUCGUGAGGGUGACGGACAUUAACGACAACCCACCUGUCUUCUCCGGGCUCCCGUACUCCGUCACUGUGCCCGAGUCGACUCCGCUUGGCACCACGAUCUUCCAGAAGGUGCACGCCAAUGACCUCGACUCGGGUGCGAACGGGCAGGUGUACUACAGCGUCAUACCAGGCGACGGGCGGGGGAACGGCACGGACGGGUACGGCAUCUUCAGCAUCACGCUCCCCCACCAGGGCCUCGUCUCCAUCAACCGAUCGCUGGACUUCGAGAGAUCGUCCACCUACCUCGUCACCAUCCUGGCCGCGGACCGCGCACAGACCCCCGGGGCACGCCUCAGCACCACCACGACGCUGACGGUGGUGGUGGAGGACAGCGAUGACCAGGAUCCCGUCUUCGAGUACGCCUCGUGUCCGCGCGUCGGGAAGAUCUGCGCCAACCCCGAGUACUCCGCCUCCGUCACGUCGGGGAAGGUGUCCGGAGUGCUAAGUGUCAAGCCAGAGAGGAUAUUUGCCAAGGAUCUGGACGCUAUUGGCACCCCCGUCAGGUACUCGUUCCUGUCUGGCCGCCCCGGGACCUACGAUCGCUACUUCGCCAUCAACCCUCAGAGCGGCUCCCUCACGCAGACCGACGCCGUGGACCGGGCCGUCACCAGGCAGUUCGAGAUCGUUGUAAAGGCGGAGGAGGAGAGCGAGUCCAAGAGGUUCGCCACGGCAAAGCUGGUGAUCAAGGUGGCGGGAGUGGACGCCUCGCCGCCCAUGGUCACCGCCUCCUCCUACACCGGCAGCGUGGACGAGAACUCCCCGCCGGGCACGCCUGUCACGGACGACUACCCGAAGCCUAGGCCCAUCGUGCUCUCCGUCACCGACCCCGACCUGACCGCCGAGGAUGACCCGCCCACCUACACCUGGGAGCUCACCACCACCGCCUUCCGCGUCGACGCCCAAGGGCAGCUCGUGGUGGCCGAAGACAAGCUGGACCGCGACCAACCCAACUCCGGCGUCUACACAUUCCAGGUGGUGGCGCGGGAGGCAGGUGAGGGGGGCGUGGCGGCAGCUCCCAUCACCAUCACUGUGUUACUGAACGACGUGAACGACAACCCGCCGAGGCUUCCCGUGUACCCGCCCGUGUCCAUCCAGGCGGGGGCGGCGCGGAGGGUGAUUGCGACGAUCUCCGCCAAGGACAUCGACGCCGGUGCCUACGCGGAGGUGGAGUACAGCAUCUACCACGUGUCCAACAACGGGCGGGACAAGUUCUCCAUUAACGCCACUUCCGGGGAGCUGGCGGUGGUGGGGCAGGUGGAGGCCGGCGAACAGUACUCCCUCACGCUGCGGGCGACGGACCGCGGGGGGCUGCACGGCCAGAGCAUCCUGGACGUGAUGGUGAACAGGGGACCGAACACGGGCGGGCCGGUCUUCACGCGGCCCCGCUACUCCACCACCAUCACCGAGGGCGCCGAGCCGAACUCCGCCCUGCUCACCCUCAACGCUCUGGAUCCGGAGGGCGACCCUGCUAUCUACUCCCUCGUGGCCGGCAACGACCUCGGUCACUUCGAGAUCGGGGAGAGUUCAGGGACGCUGAGGAUCGCCAACCAUCUCGACAGGGAGAGUCUGGAUCUCUACACUCUGACUGUGAAAGCUGAGGAUCCUGACGGCCUCUCCAACAGCGCCACCGUCACCAUCACCGUCGCGGACAUCAACGACAAGAAUCCAGAGUUCGUGGGUCUUCCGUACUCCUUCAGGGUCAACGAGGGGCUCAAGGACGCCGUGGUGGGCUCCGUCAAGGCUGAGGAUGAGGACACUGGCGUCUACGGGGAGGUGUCUUACUCCGUGCCCGAGGAGUCGCUCUUUGCCAUCAACAGCGACACGGGAGAGAUCAUGACCAAGAAGGCGCUGGACUACGAGAAACAGCAGGUACAUCUCCUGGUGGUGACGGCGCAGGACGGGGCGGCGGACCCUCGCCUCUCCACGGCCACAGUGACGGUGCUGGUGAGCGACAUGGGCGACGAGCUGCCGGUGUUCACCCAGCGCGUGUACGAGGCCAGCGUGCCCGAGAACCAGGCCAACGCGCUGCUCACCGUCGUCAACGCCACAGACCCCGACUCCGUUCCUGCCAUUACCUACGUGAUGGUGAACGGCGAUCCCAAGCUGUUCACGGUGGAACCCAAGAGCGGGAGGAUCACCACCGUGCGAGGCCUGGACUACGAGGCGGCCCCGAGGCACACGCUGGUGGUGGGCACGCUGGAGAACACAGAAGGAGCCCCGGAGUCCACAUGCUCCGUGCUGGUGACUGUCCUGGACGAGAACGACAACCCACCAGUGUUCAGCGUGCCCCUCCCUCCCCUCACCCUGGCCGAAGACGCCAUCCCCGGCACCCUCGUCGCCACAGUCCUCGCCACUGAUGCCGACGGGACGAGACCAAACAGCGAGGUGACCUACGAGCUGGUUGGCUACGGGAAGGCGCCUGACUACUUCGCCAUCGACGGUGAGUCCGGAGCCAUCACGGUCAAGGUCGAUCUCCAGGCUGAGAAAGAGUCUGACUUCGAGCUCCAAGUGGUGGCGAGUGACGGCGGGGAUCCUCAGCUCACCACCACCUCCACCGCCUCCAUCUCCGUGUCCAGGAUGGGGGAGGAGCCGCCGCCCCCCGAGGUCUGGGCCACCUUCACCGACUCCCAGUUCUCCGCCGAGGUGCCUGAAGAUGCUCCCACAGAUACCCUCGUGAAGAAGCUGACGGUGCUGAAUAGACCCGAGUCCUCCGCCAAACUGCGCUGCGCCAUCACGGAAGGGAACGAGGAAGGUAAGUUCGCGAUGGAGGUGACGGCGGAGCGACACUGCGGGCUGGUGGUGGCCGACGCUCUGGACUUCGAGACGCGGCAGGACUACACCCUCACGCUGGUGCUGGAGGCUCCCGAGGCCCCGCCAGGCACCGAGAACAGGAAGGCGCAGGUGAACGUGAGUGUCACCGACGGGAACGACAACGUGCCUGAGUUCAUCUUUCCGGCGCCCUACCAGAGCCGGGCACACAACAAGUACUUCGCCCACGUCACCGAGGACACCAGGAUCUCCACGUCCGUCCUGCAGGUGGCGGCUUCGGACAAGGACACAGGGGACUUCGGCCGUGUCGAGUACCAUCUGGUGCCGGAGAGCAACAGAGGCGGGUACUUCAGCGUGGGGCAGGAGACCGGGCUGCUAAGGACGGAGCGUGAGAUGUCCUCGGUGCCCCGCGAGCUGCUGCCCUUCAACCUCACGCUCAGGGCCGUGGACAACCCGAGUCAGCGCGGCGGCCCCUCCCACAUCACCUCCGUCCCCGUGAUUGUGAACUUGGUGGAGGACGACAACCGCCUCGUGCUGGUCGUGGACGCCUCGCCAGACGAACUCAAGAACAACCGGGACGAACUCGCCGCCAUACUUCAGGACCACUCCCAGCACAUCAUCGGCAUUGAGAGGAUGGAGUCGCGUCGCUUCAUGGGCAACACGAGCGUAGAGAGCGACAGCAACGCCACUGAUGUCUGGUUCCACGUGGUUGACGAGGAGAGCGGCAGACUCUUCCCGCGAGACAGCCCGGAGAUCGAAAAACUGACGAUGGAGAAGAACGAGAGACAAGCGCUUCUCUUCCACGUGACGGCGGCGCUGGAGGGGAUGAGAGCCACAGAAAUCCGCUCCCCGAUCUUGCCUCCCGCCCCGGUGGCCGAGACUCCACCGCCCCCAAUUCGUCAGGCGGUGGCUCUUGAAGGGUUCCAGGUGGCGCUGAUCGUGCUGGCUGGCAUCAUCGUGCUCAUGGGCCUCGUCGGGAUCUGUUACAUCUGUGUGCAGUGGAAGAGGUACGUGAGGCACCGUGACGAGAGCAACAAGGCGAUGGUGGUGGUGGCGCCGCCCUACGAGAGGGUGAGCGGCUCCGUCAUCGAGUCCACCGCCAAGGAGUAUGAGGUCCAGGUGUUGCAUAUGAGUGUGCCUCUGGACGACGACUCGGUGCAAGAGCUGACCUUCGACUCGCGACCGUCACAUCACUUCUCCAUGGACAACGUCUCCUACAUCACCAAGCAGCAGUUGAGUGAGGACGGCAGCAGCAGGAGUAGUGACGGUGGCGGACACGUCUUAGAGGACCAUCACCUGUCUCACGAGGACUGGGACACGCCGCCAGGCCAGCGCCAUCACCUCGGCACCCAUCAGCACCUCCCGCACAUAUCAGCUAUGGCGGCCUCCACCCCGGCAGGCAGGAACCCCGCUUACGAGCACUUCGAUGACCACGAGGAUGAGGUGGAGGAUGGGGACGGUCCUCUUAGUGUGAGUGCGACCAAUGAGAAUGUUAUGUUUGGACGAAGAGGAUUAACGGAGCCGUCCCCGGUCCAAACCACGACUGAGCUUUGAAUGGCCUCCCCUUUGGUUUUCUAGAGCGCAAAACUUACCCUCGAGGUGCUUAACGAACCUUUUUAGUUAAGUCUCCAGGAUUUUGAGUCCGUCCCAUGCUAAAGAGACCCGUUGGCGAUAAGAUGCAUCAAAAUGAGCUUGCAGACAACUUAGCUGCAUUGUGGGUGUCUAAUUACGGAGUCUCUGACCGUCACACUAAACCUUAAGUAUAGUAUUACAAUGAGGUAAUAAAUUUUUACCUGGUGGUGUGUAUGUCCAGGUGAGGGACAUAACAGCCUGUCUACUAUCUAUCUGUCCGCUACAGAUGAAGAGUCGUCAGUUCAGUCAAGAAAUAUCCUACCCCUCUCCCCUCUGCCUCCACUGCACCUCCUUGAAUGAAUGGACUUGCCUCCUCAUGUGGGGGAGAUGAAUUCCUUACUGGCGGGUUUCAUUGAAAAUAUGCAUUCUUCUGUGUGUGUGUGUGUGUGUGUGUGUGUGUGACCUUUCGUUUCCUGGGUGAUGGUCUGCUACGGAAGGACAACUCUAGAAACAACGCAGCCCAGUGCUUGAUACCAGACCCGGCCGAACCCUCAAUUUGGGAACAUGGAGGCCACAGCAGCGGUCUGAGGAAAGUCCAUCAAGCACCACCAAGGCUCCCGGUGCUUACUCAUGUGCUCAAAUGCUCCAUAAAUGUGAUGAAAUGUGAAGUAAGACAAUGAGACGCCAAUGGUGUGUGUUUGUGCUUUGUUUUUGUAAAUGUUUCAUGUAAAAAAAGGAAGAAAAUGGAAUUCAAAUGUGUUUCUGUGUGAAAAAUGAAGGCCAAACUUUUUUUCUUCUUAAUCUUAUGUUUUUUUCUUCAUCCCGUAGCGAAAGUAUAUACCAGUGCUUUUAUUUGUUUGUGUGUGUGUGUGUGUGUGUGUGUGUGUGUGUGUGUGUGUUAUAUAAUUAUUUUGUAGUCAUAUUUUUAUCAAUUAAUCCUCAUUUACUGAUAGAGCUGUUAAUACGUAUAAGACUGUAAAAAGCAUUGAUUUAUAUUUAACAUUUGAUUAUAAUUUAGUGUAGUGUUGUGUUACGUGUAUGUGUGUGUGUGUGUGUACAUAAAAUUAAUCAGUGUUGUAUUUGUAUUAUUGUAUUAAUUUUGCAUAAUAAUGUACAUAAUCCUACCAAGUGCCGAUUCUCCUUACUCCCUGCAACCUCUUCCGUGAGUGUAUUAUUAUGGUUGUACAGAGAAUAAAGGCGAACACU